AUGAAGACGCCCAUCAUACACUUUGCAAUAGAGAUAGUUAUGUUUUGCCUCCUCAUCGGCGCAGGAAAUGCUACUCCCGGUAAUGUGAGGCUUCCCUCCGAUAGGCUGCGGUAUGACCGCAGCAAAGCCAAAGGACCUUUGGUACGUGGUAGCACAGUUACCCGUCGGUCCUACAGCAGUGCCGAUAAGCCCAAAACAGAUUCAUCAUAUGCUGUUCCGGUCACAGCACCUACUCCUGUUGCCGGGCCGCCUGUAGCACCAGUGGCGCCAAUGCAAUACAACCCUCUAAAACCGUUAACCGUCAAGUGCAAAGUUACUGAAAACAUGGAUUCUACAACGUCUCCCGUAAUUGAAAUUAGAGGAGUGCGCGGUUUAUUCAAUUCCGUUCUUGUUGGAUAUCAGAACCCUGAGAGCUUGACACGUGAAAAUAAGGGAAGCUUUUUCGGAUGGAGCACCGCUGUAAAUGCACCGAGAGGCCAAAAAGUGCAUUUCACUUUUAAUGCGAACUUCGUGCCUAUCAGACCCAAGAUAAAUCCCACAACAUACUGCGCGCUGAUAAUUCAACCUCCUUUGAUGCCGAGCCCCGAAACAUUCGAGGCAUUCAAAACUCCACCACGAAGUGCUAAACGUUCUUUGACGUCAACCGACUCUCUAGCGAAGUUUUUGAAGGGCAAGCAAUCGUCUAUAGUAGCAUCGUGUUGUUUUCUCGCCCAGACAACACUUGAUUCCUAUGAUUCAGUAUGA